UGAGCAGACAUGCAUUCACGGCACCAACCCGAGUUCAUCAGGACGACCCUGUCCCUCCCCCUGCUGCAGUGGAAAGCUUGCCCCGCGAAGCCCUGCUACAGCUGGACGCCUGGACCAUGGACACCCUGCCAACUACAUGGAGCGACAUGCGGUCACGGUGUCCGCAACCGUAAUGUGUCAUGCGUGCGCGUGAAGGACAAUACGACAGUGGAGGCGUGGCACUGUGCCAAUACGGGACCAACGCAUCGGCCCAUCGCCUGGGAGACGUGUCACGUGGCCUGCGACAGUGACUGCCAGCUGUCCGAGUGGAGUCACUGGAGUCACUGUCACGGAGACUGCUUCAAAGACAUGUCAGGAUACGCGACCAGAUCUCGUGCUGUGUUGAGGCCCCCGCAGGCCAACGGAGGCGAACCGUGUCCCGAGGCGCUGUGGGAGACCAAGACCUGUGACCUUGGGCCGUGCCUCACUUUCGACUGGGUCAUCACGCCAAUGGGAGAAGUCGUGUGCCAGAGAUCCGAUGGUAUUCAUGUUGUUGGUGGCUGCGAUGAGAAGAAGAAGCCGGAUCUGUGCAAAUGGAAGGACGGUCGUUGCGUGUGUGUGGAUGGAGCCAUAGUCCAGCCUCAGACGGCCUGUCAGGAUGAAAUCAACGAAGUGCAGGCCCGCUUGUAUAUACCCGGUAUUUAUUCACUUUCCAUAAUACUUUCUAUAGAAUUACAAAUCAUUUAG